UGUCUCCCACACCAAAUCCCAGAGAGGCAAAAACGACAGCAAAAGACCAGCAAAAUGAAUGCAAAAACGCAACGGCCUCUACUCUUCUCAAUCUUCUUCGCCACCUUCCACCUCCAAUUAGUCCUCACCGUCGCUUCUCUAGACGACCGAUCCAACAGCGCAGAUUACAUCCGUACAAGCUGCGGCGCAACAUUGUAUCCUGAAGUCUGCUACUCUUCUCUCUCCCGUUACUCCAGCGCAGUCCAGCAAAGCCCCGGCCGCCUAGCUCGCGUCGCAAUAGGCGUUAGCCUAUCGAGAGCCCGGCACAUGUCCUCCUUCGUUUCCAACCUCUCCCGCCAAGCCGACUACGGCUCCGACCACCGCGCAGCCGCCGCACUCCACGACUGCUUGUCCAAUUUCGGCGACGCUGUAGAAGAGAUCCGUGGUUCGCUUAAACAGAUGCGGCAGCUAGGAGCUGCAGGCUCUUCUGAUGAGGCAUUCCGAUUCCAAAUGAGCAACGUGCAGACGUGGAUGAGCGCGGCGUUAACGGACGAGGAGACGUGCACGGACGGAUUUGACGAUGUGGCGGACGGGCCGCUGAAAUCGGAGGUGUGUGAUCGUGCGGCGGAUGUGAAGAAGUUUACGAGUAAUGCGCUUGCUUUGGUUAACAGUUAUGCAGCUAAAGGAUUGCCUUGAUGUAUAUAGUAGGAAUUAAAGGUAAUCAUAGAGAUGUUUAAUUUGGUGUUGACUGUUAAAGUGAGUGUUUGUGUUUAUAUAUGAGCUUUUUGUUUCUCUAAUCGAUUUUGCAGUUGUUUUCUACUGUGCGUCAGUUUCUUCUUUCUUUCCUUUCUGUUAUAAGUUAUAAGAAAAAGGAGGGAGUUGUUUUCUUUUCUUU